AUGGGUAGGAGGAAGCAAGGCGCCCCUCAGCGGGCAUCAGCAGAGAAGCGGAGAUGUUUGGAGUGGAACAUGCUUGAAGGUGUAAAUCCAGAAGGAUCCCUGGUUGUGUUGGAUGAUAAUGACCCUUCCAUUCUGAAUGAAGCACAUCAGGUUCAAGGUUCACCCAAGAGGAAUGUGAUUGAGGCAGACAGCACACAACAGUCACAGUUUUCAACACAGCAAAUGCAAGACAUGUUUGAAGACAACCUGAAAUAUUGUUCCUACUCUGUCAGGGUGAUGUCAUCUUCACCAUUUCAGGAGAAUGAGUGGCACACAAUGUUAGGUGUUUUCAGUAUUAAGUUGUUACCUUGCUUGACAAGAGAUCGGGAGGUGGAGGACUGUUUGCAGAGUGAUACAGAGAUCUGGCUUUAUGUCAGUGAAGUGGAAAGCAAAAGUAUGCUGUAUUUUGAAAAGAAAGAGAAUGAUGACAUGUCCAAGUCCAGGUUGUUGAAAUUUUGGUGUGUGGAAAUAGAUAUUCCCACUGAGGUACUUGCAGUUUUUGACAAUUACAAUACAAAGAUGGCUGUUGUGAUAAUUAGUCACUAUGAUCACACAACAUUAAGAUUUGAUCUGACCAUUCAUGCUAGAGAGGCCUUGCUAUAUAAACCUAAAUUCCCAAGUGAGCAUGUCAGAAUGAAGAAACAAAACAUUCUUCUGAGGAUUAUCAUGUCCCACUUCUAUGGACUAACUCCACGUGUUUUUGACCAAGAAAUCAGCUCAAAGAAGCAUGAUAUUGAGGCCCUGUACACUGCUAUCAAGGCAACACAUGACAAGGAGGAGAUAACUGCUGGUAUUGAGGUGCAGCAUCCAAGCCUCAUACCCCACUUGAGGCCUUAUCAGAGAAAAGGCGUGUCCUGGAUGCUGUCUAGAGAGGGGCUCAAGGUUGAAAAAAAUCAACCCACAGACAGUCUACUUGCUAAUACAGAGGUGCCCAUCCACAUGUUGUAUGAGGAAGUCAAGACACUAGGUGGCAACACUUUAUACUACAACAAGUACUUGGGAAGUUUGACUAUGGAGCGUCAGGAGAGAUUGGUGAUUCCUCCAGGUGGAAUCCUUGCAGAUGAGAUGGGACUUGGCAAGACAGUGGAGGUACUUGCCUGUAUUUUGUUGCAUAGAAGUCCUGUUAUUGAGCAGCCUCCCAGACUCCCAACACUGAAGGAGAUGAACAUCGACAUGGAUGGAAGUCAGAGGCAUGUUCAUGUCAAACAUGUUCAUGUCAAAGUUAACAAUAGUGAUAAAUCACUUAAAAUAGUUCCAGAAGUAGAAGUUGUAAAUGGAGUUGACUCACUAAAAGAAAGUGAAUGUGUUGUAAACGACAUAAUUACAACACCAGAAAAUGAAGAAUCUGAAGAUAUUGGUAGUCAGGGCAAGGUAAAAGUUGAAGGAAACAAGACUCUAACCACUGAAGUAGUGAACUCAGCAUGUGAUGGACAUGUUGUCGAAUCCAAUGCUGAAGACUGUGUCAAGUCAGAUCCAUGUGAUAAUGUUGGAAAGGUUGAGGACGAAGGUCAGUCCAGAGGUGAAAGUCACGGCCCAACAGACAAAGCUGAUAGCUGUGAUAACACACCAAACAAUACACACAGGAAAAUUUCUACUGUCUGUGGAAAUGGAGAGGAUGCUUCCACAAACUUGAUCAAGAAUGUAGAUAUCAAAGAAAAAGACCUGGGUUUGAGCUUAAGUAGUUCAGAAGCUAGAAGUUAUAAGGAAUCUAUCACUCAGGAUACGGGUCUUCUUCAAAAUGUGGCCGAUGUAGAUGAGACUAGAUCCUUGGUUAAUGAAGGAAUCUGUGAUAUUUCAGGUGGCAGUGUUGAUAACAUAGAGACGAGAAGAGAUGUAGGUCAGGCAAUGGAUGGUCCUGUAGCUUCAACUUGCAGUGAGUUAGUUAAAACUGCAGAUAGUCCUCAGUUGGAAGCUGGUAGCCGGUCAACAAGAAAAACGGUGAAAAAGCGUAGACGUAAGAAAUGGACAUUGAAGAAAAAGUCUCGUCGUUUAUCACACUGUAGCCAUGUAGAUGUGGAGGAUAGUGAUAUUGAGGAUGGAGCUGAUGGAGUUGUGACAGGGAAUAUUGAGACAGUCGCUCUUUGUAACAAAGAGGAACCUGAAAAACAGAAAACUGAAAAAUGUAAAAAACAGAAAGGAAAAUCAAAGAAGAUUAAGCCUGUGCCAUCAGUUGAAGUGAAACUUGAUGACAUGACAAACAGAAGUGAAGGCAAGAAAAUGAGUAAGCCCAAGAAAGGGUCCAUACCAUCUCGUUUUGUCGAGGUGGUGGAGGAAUCUUCCUUCAAGCCUAAAUACCAGUUCUUUGGCUCCACUCCAAUAAGGCGGAAGCACUUCUUUGAAUGUAUCUGUGGAGCAACAACUGCAACAUCAGGUAAAAAGCGACACUCUGUCCAGUGUGUGGAUUGUGGACUACAGCAGCAUGCAGAAUGUGUCCACUACAACCUUGACGAUCCUUUCAGGGGCAACUUCCGCUGUCCUCAUUGUCAUGUCUCGUCUUCACCCAUCAAGUCUGGUGCCACACUUAUUAUCUCCCCUUCGUCCAUCUGUCACCAGUGGGUAGAUGAAAUUCUGAAGCACAUCCGCAGCCAGUCACUCAAAGUGUUUGUGUACACUGGGGUGAAUAAGCUUGGAUUUAUACAGCCCCGGACUCUUGCCCAGCAGGACAUUGUCAUCACUACCUAUGAAACUCUGCGAAAGGAGAUUGACUAUGUAGACCUUCCUCAUUCAAACAGUGAUACAACAAGAGCAUUCCGUAACCCAAAGCGCUUCAUGGCCAUACCAAGUCCCUUGACAGCAGUGGAAUGGUGGAGAGUUUGUUUGGAUGAGGCUCAGAUGGUAGAAGUUACAACAAGUAAGACUGCUGAGAUGGCGCUACGUUUGAGUGCAGUUAACAGGUGGUGUGUUACUGGUACCCCCAUACAGAAAAGUGUCUCAGAUGUGUAUGGGCUGCUGUUGUUCCUUGGAUUGGAUCCUUAUUGGGUGAAGCAUUGGUGGACGACCCUGUUGUAUAACCCUUUCUGUCAGGGUGACCCUCAACCUCUUCACAACGUCCUCUCCAGUGUUCUCUGGCGUAAUGCCAAAAAAGAUGUGAUUGAUCAGAUCAAUAUUCCUGAUCAAUCAGAACAUGUUCAUUGGUUGACUUUUUCACCAGUGGAGGACCAUUUCUACAGGCGUCAGUAUAAAGACUGUGCCUCAGCGGCUAGACGGAGUUACAGCAAAUGGACAGAUCUGAGCACAAAGUUGAGCAGUUUAGAUAGACAUACAGUUAGUCAGCUACUGUCACCAUUGCUAAAGCUUCGUCAAGCCUGCUGCCAUCCCCAGGCUGUCCGUGGUGAAUUUAUCCCUUUGCAAAAAAAUACCAUGACGAUGGAUGAAUUAUUGGAAUCCUUAAUCAAGAAGGCACAGACAGAAUGUGAAGAAUCUCACCGUCAACUAGUCGCAGCUAUCAAUGGAACAGCUGGUCUCCACAUUAUAAAAGAAGAGUAUUCUGAGGCAGUAGACAUGUACCGUGAGGUGUUAUGGUCAGUGGAGGAACACAAAGAUUACCUUAGGACAGACAAAUUACAGCUGUUACAUACUCUCUACAACCUCCAUGAGAUCCUGUCCCUUAAACCAGAGGGUGUAGCCCCUACACUCAGGGACGGCCUUCUAAAACAACAGGCAGAUGAAAUGAGAAAAAAUUACAUGUUAAAGGCUGAAGCUAAAGUAACAUCAAGCCAAAGUUCACUGACCCCUACACAGCAGAACAUGGCUCAGUUCCGAGCUGAGCUUUCUGAUGGACUGGAGUGGUGGCUAGAGGUAAUCAAAUUUGCAGAGGAAAGACAGACAGAUGAAAUCCUUGUGGAAAUGGUGAAGAGUGAACUGAUGAGAGACUAUGUUGACAACCAUAUCAAUCCACAUGUAUCCAUGGCCCGCCUUUUCCAUGGUUCCCGAGGGCUAGAGCUAACCAUACAUGGCAAACUGGUGGCCUUGGAAUCUGCACAUGAGAAAUUGCUACAAGGGAUUGGGAAGUUGUGUGAACCAGUGACACAGGACAUAUUGAACCAGUCUGUAGAGUGCUGCCUUAGACCAGUGGGACAGGUUCCUAAAACCUGUGAGCUCUGCCUUGUUGACAAGCUUUUUGAGGAAUAUGAAUCCAAGUUAUUUUCCUUCACACAGAAACCUGUGGCUACAGUAGAGGGGGAUCACACCAAUACCACACGGCGACAGGGAACCUGGGCCGACAGUGAACUAGAAAAAUCACUCAAGGUCAUCUUGAGCUUUGCUAAGCUCUACAGAGUUGGCCACUACCUGAUAGAGUUUGGAACCACCCAUAUCAAACUCAUGGAUUCUUUAAAGAAGGAGUUCAAGAAUCUGAGGUCAGUCUGGAUGUCCAAGCAUGAGCAGUUCCAGGCUCUGGAUGAACUGGACAUGGCCACCACCAGAUUGAGGCUGCGACUUCCUGACGAAGAUGUUCCCACUGCCACACAGCUCCAUGUCUUAGAACCUGCAGAGCUUGAACAGCAGAAGAUAAAACUACGCACAGAAAAAAUUGUUGCGAAGAAUGAGCUGCGCAAGAAAAUUGGUCAGCUGUUCUACCUGAAGAACUUGUCAAAAAAUCAGGUUGACAAUGAGGGUGGAGUAAACCCUGAGCCUUGUCCCAUCUGUCAACGUGAACUCGGUGUAGAGUGGAGUGUGGUCCAGUGUGGUCAUUGCUACUGUAUAGAGUGUAUCCGUGUCAUGGUCAUCCAGUACAGCUUCGGUACCAACAACCGCCGCCUCAAAUGUGCUGUAUGUCGGCAGCUCAACUUCAUCAGUGACAUCUCAUAUGUCAGCACCAAGGUUACACCUGUUAAUGACGGCUUAGAAGGUGUCAGAGUUAAGGGAAGUUACUCCAUCAAGAUAGAGGCUGUUGUGCGAUGUAUGCUGGGUAUACAAAAGAAUGACCCUGCAGCCAAGGUCCUGGUGUUCUCCAGUUGGAAGAGCGUUCUUGGAAUCAUAGCUGAGGCAUUGGACGAGAACAAUAUCACACACCGCACUCUAUACACAGGGAAAUUCCAGAACCAGCUGACAUCAUUCCGGGAAGAAAAAGAUGUGAUGGCCCUUCUUCUCCCUAUUCAGUCGGGUUCCAAUGGACUUAACCUUAUAGAGGCCACCUAUGUCCUCCUGGUUGAACCAAUCCUUAACCCUGCACAGGAACUACAGGCCAUCGGGCGAGUCCAUCGCAUAGGUCAGACAAGAAAAACUGAAGUCCAUCGAUUUUUAAUCCGUGGAACUAUUGAGGAAAAGAUAUACUCAAUGAUCAAAACAAUUGAAGAUGUGCCGUCAAGUCAUAAUACCGAGGAGAAUAUUCUGACCGUUGGACAUUUAACAUCACUCUUACAUGAGGAUGAGGUGGACAGAGGACAAGGUCACUUGACUGACAAUGGAGAAAGCCAGGAAUUGCCAGAAGAAGAUGAGAUUGGAACAGUUGAAGUUGCAAGUCAGUCUGUGGAAGACACAGGUACGACAAAUGUUCAAGGGAACAGAGAACAGAUUCAGAUUGAUGACAUAACAGUGGAAGCAACUUCUCAUGAGGAGGAAAUAGAUGAUGAUACAUCAGAAGUGUGUGUGAUUGAAGACUCGCCAUCAGAGCAGGAAUGUGUGCUGAGCUCAGAGGAGGAAUUCACCAAAUCAGAAGUCAUGUACUAUGAACCAUAUAGUCAGCAAAACAGUAGUGAAGAUCGACCAACCAAUGAACCUGUUAUAAUUGAUGAGGACAGUUGUGAACCAAUCAACAUAACUAUAACAAACCCUGGAGAUGUUCCUAGCUGUGAUGUGAUAGACGUGGAUACUGAUGCUGUUGAAGAGACCAUGGUAGUGGACGAUGACUGGAAAUCCCAAAUUGUAGACCUGACUUCCAUUGAAGAAUCGUCUGUAUCAUUUACUGAUCCAAAAACUAUCCCACAAGAUAAUCAACAAGGACAGAAAAUCCUGCGAGUAGAUACACAGGCUGUAGUGGAUCUAACAUCAGAUGAUGAGGAUAUAGGAUCACUGGGAGACUUACAAGUGGGGGAAGUUCUGUGUGCAGGUAUUGGUGGAGACUCCUUAGUAAAUCCACCAUAUGGUUCUUGUGAAACCUCUGGUAAUGAUUCACAGGCAAAUCUAGAUAAAAAGCCUUACCCUGGGUCAAAGGCAGUGCUAAGUGACAAAUCUCAAGCUUGUUCUCAGACAAAUCCAGAUGAUGCAAAUCUUAAUUUGAAGACAGAACCAAGUGAUGAGCCACAGCUUGGUUCUGAGACACAACCAGAUAAAGAUCCAAUUCUUAAUUCAGAGGUGAGUCCAUGUGACAAGUCACCAGAUGAUUUUCAGACAAAUAAUGAUCCACAUCCUAAUUCAGAGGCAGGACUUUGCAAUAAUUCACAAUCUGGUUUUCAGAAAAAUCCAGAUAAAGGUCCACAUCUUAAUUCAAAGGCAAGUCCUCAUGAUGAGUUGCAAGAUGGUUUUCGGACAGAUCCAGAUGAUUCACCUUCGAAUGCAGAGGCAGGCCCUAGUGACAAGUUUCAACCUGGUUCUCAGACAAGUCUCACUGGAGAUUCAAUGACUGGAAUAUUGACAGAUCCCUGUGAAACCUACAAACUGGAACACUGACAGGUCCUAAUGAAGAUCUGCACAAUCAUUCACAAGCAAAAUUCCAAAUGAGGACUCAUAAGCUGGUUAAAAGAAAGAUCAGAGUGAAGAUUUAUCAGCUCAGGUUUACACUGGUUCAUUUGAUUUGAUUGUUGUUGACAGAUGGAACACGGUGAAACACAGAAAAUUAUACUGAAGAUGCAUGGAUACUGCAAGAAAUCUAAAGCACAUAUGAAGCUAGGGAAACAGCUACAUUUAAACAGGUACAUAAUGUUACUAGGAAGUAAUCUGAAACACUGACAAUAAUCAUGGAGACUUUUGGACCACCUGUCACAUGGAUUCUGUUACCAUGAAACAGUCUGAUUAAUAUUAAAAUUAAUACUUUUACAUGAAGACAGUCUGAGACACACAGGUACUGUAACCAUGUAAACAGAUAAUCUUGAGUACAGACAAUGUCAGUAGUCAUUUAGAUAUUAUAGCACUGCUGUCUUAGACUGUUCAUGGUACUUUUCAAAAUGACUUAUGACAGAUGACCAAUUUUUGUCUGGAAAUUGAUAGAAUGUGUUAAAAGUUAAGUAAUGUUAUAUGGUUGUUAUGUUUUGGUCUUUGUUAAUGAUUUAUGGCAUUGUUUGAUUAUGUUAUAUGAUAUGAGUGCAUUUCUCCAGUGCUGAAUUUUUAGCCCACCAUCAUUAGACAGUAGGCUGUUUAAAUCACACAUUGUCCUAGGUCCAUCCACAAGCAAUUCUUGUUGUCGCCUUUUCUUGAGAAGUACUGGAGGUAUAUUUUCAAACUUAAUAUGUAGAUUUGACUGUUGGAAAAAAAAUGUUGUCCCAUGUUACGCCCAUUUAUUUUGUGCACUUUCAAGAAAACAUACCAGUAAUGAGCGACUGUUGACCACAUUGGAUUUUUAUUUUUUUAAGUUUGUUAUGGCUAUUUCUUUAGAAGUAAAGCAAGGAUAUUUCUCAAAUUUAAAGUCAAGGUCCCUCAUUGUGCUCAUUCAGGUCCGAGUCCGAUUAGUGAAACAUAAUGGCUGAUAGGUGGCCAUCUUGAAUUUUGACUUGAAGAUUUUUUUUGCUUUUUCUUCUGUAAUACUGGAAAGAUUUUUCUCAAAUUUGAUCUGUUUGUUCCUCUUGGUCCCAAGUUGUGUCCAUUCAAUUUGUUCUCAACUUAAGAAACCAUAAUGACUGACUGGAGACCAGUUUGGAUUUUGACACUCAAAAUUUGUUAUUGCUAUUUCUCUUUAAAUCCUAGUUCAAUCUUUCAUAGAUUUCAUAGAUGUAGGAUUCCCUUGUUAUCAAAUGAUUAAAAGGAAAAGGAGAAAACAGGGAAAAGUUGAGAAAAGACCAGUCUUACUAAAAACCACUUAUGAUCAUUCAAUUGGUGGGUGCCAAGAUUCAUCUAGGAUUUUUUUUUCUGUUUUUGUAAUAGUAUGUUAGAACUGCAAACAUUUCAAUGCCUCUAGUUGUUGUAUAUAUAUGUAUACAUAUAUAUAUAUACACCCAUAUGUCACUAUUAUCAUAUAUUAUGAUAUUCAGAAUCCCCUUGAUCACAGACCCAUAUGUUCAUAUAGGGCUCUGACUGUACCUUCAUGUUAAAGCAUUUGUACUUGAUAUAUCUGCCAGUUUCUCUCUUGAUAUAUUGUGUAGCAAACCAUUGAAUUCCUUUGUUUCAGUGAAUGAAAUUUUUAGAGCAUCAGUACAAUCAAUACCAUGUUCAUAAAUCUGUGAUUUAUUUAAGAAAGUUGAAGGAAUUUUGGUAUUUAUAGCAAUAUUAGAUUUACUCUGUGAUCAACGAAAUUAUCUGUGAUAAUACAACUUUUGUGUAAUUUACAUUGAAAUCUUUUACAAAACGUGUAUAAAUGUCCUUCUUAAGAGUGAUGAUGGUUUUUGUAGUAUUUUGUAACCAUAGAUAUAAUUCAUUUAUUAUUAUCAUUAUUCUAUUUUUUGAAUGUCACUCAAGUCAAUCAGGUAAUUAAACAGUUGUGAUUGUCUUUUUUCUCUCAUUGUGUUCUGCUUGUUGAAAUGUCCUAUUUUGGUCUUCUCAAAACUAACUGAUGGCACUGUGUUGUGAUCAUCAGCUUAUGUUGAGGGUCAGAAAUAAUAUUUAAGGACAUGGUAAUGAUUACAGAAUAUCUGUUAGGGAUCAAAAGGUUAAUCUCUUUAACUUCUUAAUCCUUCUACACAGUUGGUGGGAUUAUAGUAAGUUUCAGCAUCCCUGAACCAAGGGGACUCCACAUUUUUUAAUUGGUCUGUUUUAUUGGUCACCCAGUACAGUAAAUAUGGAUUAUUUAUAUUUGAACUGAAAAAAAAAGAAAUCAUAUUUUGGAUAUAGAGGCUGGGUUCAAGAAGGACCAUUAUAAAAUUGUUUAAUUCAAUGAUUUGUCCAAUCUAAGCUUAUACUUGUUUUUACUCCAAUGUACUACUCUAUACUGAAUUUAAAGGAAGGAUCAAUUAGCUAUAUAAGCCAAUUGUUGUUAAGGAAUUCCUGUAGUGCUCAGUUUUUGAAUUUGAUUGGAUGGCAUUGAUUAAUCAUAGACAUUCAUAUGAAAUUUUUUUAUCAGAAUUAGAAUUAUAAAUAAGAUAGAGUUUCAGUGCAUUAGUGGAGAAGGGCUCAAUUUGGUUCGUCUUUUUAGGACUUACACAUAGGAGCCAAAUCAUUUCAAAACUAAUCUCAAUCUUUAUGGAAACUUACCAUUUCACUAAAAAUUAUCUUUGGUCUGCUUUCUGAUAAUGCUAAACCCUUAUCUGUACACAUAUAACUAUUUUUGUUUAAUCUCUUUUGAGACAUUUUGGGAGCAAUUUCAUAAUGGUAAAAUUUCCUUACCAGACACACAAUCUAUACCUGUUAUUGUGUUAUGUUGACAAGAAUGUCAAUGAACUAAAGUUGUUGUUGUAGUCCUAGUUGUUAUAAUAAAAUAUACAUUCUUUCGUAUAAA